UUCCGCCGCUCAGCGAUGCUUUUCCACGGAAUCUCGGGGGGUGAGAUGCAGGGAGUUAUAGAGGAGAUGGAAAGACGGUCGAAGAUGGAGCCAGCCAACAGUGCGGGGAUAGAGAUGGGGGAAAAAGACACGACUAUGCCGUCUCUUAGCGGCGACCGGCCCGCUCUCUGCGCCGGCUGUGGGGGCAAAAUCUCAGAUCGUUACUACCUCCUGGCCGUGGACAAGCAGUGGCAUAUGCGCUGCCUUAAGUGCUGCGAAUGUAAGCUGGCCCUGGAGUCCGAGCUGACUUGCUUCGCUAAGGACGGCAGCAUCUACUGCAAAGAAGAUUAUUACAGGAGAUUCUCCGUACAAAGGUGCGCCAGAUGUCACCUCGGGAUCUCAGCGUCGGAGAUGGUGAUGAGAGCCAGGGACUUGGUCUACCAUUUGAACUGUUUCAUAUGUACCACGUGCAACAAAAUGCUGGCGACCGGAGAUCACUUCGGCAUGAAGGACAGUCUGGUGUACUGCAGGGUGCACUUCGAGACACUGAUUCAGGGCGAUUUUCAGGCGCACUUCAACCACGCGGACGUGGGCUCCAAGAGCGGCGGCACUCUGGGGUUACCCUUCUACAACGGCAUGAACACGGUGCAGAAGGGCCGGCCGCGGAAGAGGAAGAGCCCAGGGCCCGGGGCUGACCUGGCGGCUUACAACGCAGCAUUGAGUUGUAAUGAAAAUGCUGGUGACCACAUGGAGAGAGAGCAGCAGUAUCCUCCCGCCCAGAAGACAAAACGCAUGCGCACUUCCUUUAAGCAUCAUCAGCUGAGAACCAUGAAAUCUUACUUCGCCAUUAACCACAAUCCCGACGCAAAGGACCUGAAGCAGCUAGCGCAGAAGACCGGUCUUACAAAGCGAGUUCUGCAGGUUUGGUUCCAAAAUGCACGAGCAAAGUUCAGGAGGAAUCUGUUACGGCAAGAAAAUGCAGGGGUUGAUAAAGCAUCCGACGGCACUUCGCUUCAAGCAGGAACGCCGUCCGGUCCAGCGUCAGAAAUUUCCAACGCCUCUCUCAGUCCUUCAAGCACCUCCACUACAUUAACUGACUUGACUAACCCUUCUAUGCCAACCGUGACGUCGGUCCUGACGUCAGUGCCUGGUAACCUUGAAGCUCACGAUUCCCGAAGUCCCACACAAACUACACUAACAAACCUUUUCUGAGAACACUCUUUUACACGAUUCCCACGGAGAAGAGGAAAUUCC